AUGGCGCACGAGGGUGAAAGCGAGAUCCAGCCUAAUCGCGUGGUCGUUGAUGAAGCCGACGCGGCAAACAACAAUUCUGCGGCCUCAUCGUCGGCUCAAGGCACAGAUAGAGCUACAGCAUCAUCCGGCGUGGAAUCGCCUGCAGUAUCACCCCCUGUAUCACCUCCAGAGGAUAGCAAGAGCCCUAGCCGGGACUAUUAUUCUGCUCGACCGCGGACAGAUCGGCUAGGAAAUCCACUUCCAGAACGACGGAGAACUGCCAUGUCCUCCGUUUAUGGCACCUCCAAGAUACGACUACCAGGCGAUAUUGGACCCAAAGAUCCCAGGAGACCGAAGUCGCCUGCGCCGGGUGCAUCACUUCCCGGAGAUCUGGGACCGAAUGAUCCGCGCAGGCCAAAAUCACCAGCGCCUUCGGCCACUGCAGGUGAUCGCAGCGCGACGGGUAGCCCUGUGCCUGAGAGUCACCACAGCAGACAUUUGAGCGAUGAUGGCGGUGUGCGACUUCAAGAGGAUCCGGAGCCUGGGCCCGAGGAUCGCCACAAUGACAGCGACAGUGACGCCGAUGCCGACAAUGACAACGACACGGAUGGAGAUGACAGCCAACGAGGUCGCGGUAGGAAACGACCCGAACCCGGUCGAACCACUUCCGGAAAAGCGACAAACGUGCGCGAAGAUAGCGAAGAUUCCKAGCGAGGAAGCGUGAUUGAGUUUGCAGGCGGAGUCAAGCCCGAUCCGACCAAAGGUCAAAGCAAGCUGUCUUUCCWGGCGGAUCCCAAACUGAGACCCUCCAGGUCAAGAUCUGGAGGUCGGCGCCGAGUUCAUCCCUCGACUGCAUUUGACGCUGCUCCCUCUGGUGCAUCUAGUCCCAUGCACUCAGACGAUGAGAGUCAAGUUGAGUUGAGAGCGGCGCAGAAACUCACGCUAUCAAUGUCUGCUAUCCAUUCCACGCCAUCCGCGCAUAGAGUCAUUCGUCAGAUCAUCCGUGGCGACUUUGAACAUUUCCAGCGCGAAGCUGAGGAUGGAAGGAAACGACAGCGUAUGUAUCUUGUAGCCACAGACAUGUCGCCGGAAGCAGAGUACGCACUGGAAUGGACGAUUGGUACCGUAUUGAGAGAUGGGGAUACCUUGUUCGCGGUGUAUGCCGCUGAUGAAGAGUCCGUUAURAGCGGUGAAGGCGGCGUUGAGAUUGGUCAUGGAGCGGACAGUGUCAAAGACACUGCAUCGAUUGUGAAAGGUCUGCCUGCCAUCAACCACACCCAAUCCGUAUCAUCUCCUCUCGCGCGUGGCGCAGAACGAAGCAGAAGUCGAGGUGUCUAUUCAGCUGCGGAGACGGAACGUCGGAAGGGCCUAGAAGGAGUCACGGAGCGCUGCGUACGUCUGCUGAGGAAGACGCGUUUACAGGUCCGUGUUGUCGUCGAGGUCUUUCACUGCAAAUCACCUCGACACAUGAUCACCGAGGUCAUCGAUUUUCUCUCGCCCACACUUGUCAUUAUUGGCUCGAGAGGAAGGAGCGCAGUCAAAGGUGUAUUGUUGGGAAGUUUCUCAAACUAUCUGGUGACGAAGAGCUCUGUACCUGUUAUGGUUGCUCGAAAGAAGUUGCGGAAACACACCACAGCGAAGAGGAAUAAGGACGGUCUUUCAGUGCCGUAUUCAGGAAAUGGCAGAGCAGGGAGAUUUAGUAAUAUCAUUGAGGCGCCGAAACAGGGAUUACGGGUCAAGGAUUGGAAUGAGGUUGGUAUUGAUUGA